AUGGCUGAUACCAUGUCAGAGUCUGCGUCACCACACAAACAUGGUGAUCGUCAGUGGAGACAGUCUCUUAGAUCAGCAAGUCAAGAGAGAGACAAACAGGCAAACCAUAUUGAUGGACAGGAUUUUCGAUCACGAACCCCAUCUCCUUCUCUGUCUAAAAAUGCUGACACAAAUGGCACCCCGUUGAAGUUGACCAAGAAAAGAGUGACAAUUGCUAAUGCUCUCAGGAAAAGCACAGGAAACAUGAGUGGAAAAUUGGAUAAAUCUGCAGUUGAUCUGACCUUUAUUGAAGCCGAAUAUAUCAAGAGUCUUCAAAGACAGAUUUACUUCUUGGAACUGGAAACCAAUUAUCUUCGAGAGCAAGCAAGAAAGGCAACUGAAAUGCAUCCUCAGAUGGUGAGAGAAGCCGAUAACAUGUUGACUCAACUACGAGAGAUGCAGGCUGAGAUUGACCAGAAAAACUUGGAAAUAAAGCAGAAAGACUCACAAAUAAACAUCCACACUUCAGAGAAAGAGCGCAUAGCAGAACUGAUACACUUGGAGCAAGAGAAUCGCCGGAGAGAGAAAACAUUGUUGACAGAAGAGCUCGUUACCAUGAAGAAGGAAAAGGACAGGCUUGAAAGAGAACUUGCUAGAAAAAAUCAGGAGAUUUUGGACGUAAAAAAUGAACUUGACAGAUCGGCACUGGAACUGAAUAAUGCAGAAAUGAAGAUUAAUACUCUCAAAGCCCAGCUUGAACAAAGAAUAGAACAACACAACAUGACUAUGGCUGCCCUUGAUGAAAAGAGGACACAACUCCUCUCAACUAAGGCCCAGUUAAGGGAAUUAGAGGAGAAGUUUAUUUCCAGCACAAUCACUGUCAAGGAUAAAUUGAAUGAAGAUCUAAGGAAUGAGCUUCGCUUGUUGCAUCAGAGACUUACUGAAACAGAACUUGAAGUCGAAAGGGACAGAUUUCUCCGAGACAAAGUUGCAGACGAUAUAGCCCGUAUUGUCCGAGAAAACUCUGCCCUGACUCAACAGCUUACUGAGUUAACAAAACAGUUGGAACGAGAGAAAGAACUUCGAGAUUCCACCACCCAGCGUCACUCAAGAAGCCUGGGAGAGAUAAGCACACUGAAAGAAGAACUGGCGGAGAAUGAGGUUCUCAGGAAUCGCUUAAUGCAAGAAAGAGAAAUGUCCAGGCAGUACUUAGAACAGUUGAAGGCUGAAGAAGCUGCCUCCAAAGACUACAAACUACAGAUCAACGCAAUGAAAAAACAUGCUCUAGAGCUGGACGGAAUGGAGAAUACUGCAAACAUAGAGAAUUCUCAAUUACGCAAGGAGAAGAUUCUGCUUGUUGAUCAUGUUGCAGAACUUCAAAGAAAGCUUGAAGAAAAAGACAGAGAAAUUUUAUCCUUGAUGGCAACCGCAGACGAUAUGGAGGCCAGAUUGAGAAGUUUAGAUCUGCGGAAGAGUCUAGAGCUUACACAGCACAGCCAAAAGUGGGAGCAGUUUUCCAAUCUGGCAGAUAGUAUGAAAUCUCUUGCCAAAUCUAUGACAGCCCAAACAACACAUAAUAGUCAAUCUCUAAGCCAAAUGACUUCUCAGUUUUAA